AUGGAGACGCCGCCGCCGCCGCCGCCGCCGCAUGACGCGCUGCAGCUCGGCGCCCUGGCGCGCCAAAACGCCCUCGCCUCGCGGAGCCUGUACGCCGGCGCGCGCGCGGAGCCGCCCAGCGGCCGACGACUGAAGCCCCCCGACGACGACGCCCUCGCGGCUCCCUCCGUCGAGCGCCGCUUCCAAGCCGAGUACGCCGCCGUCCAGAGCCUGCCCCCUUCCCUUGCUGCCAGGCAGCCGCCGCCGCCGCCGCCGAAACGGGCCAACGGGCGGGCGGUCGCCAAGGCCGCGGCCCGCCCAGCCCCGGCUGCCCAGGAGACGAAGAAGCUCCUCGAGGCCGGCAGCGUGUCCGCGGCGGCAGCAGAGCCAGCAGAGGCGGGAGCAGCAGCAGCAGCAGCAGCAGCAAAGCCCGGCGCCAACGGGCUCGGGCCGCAGAGCAGCAGCGGCACCGGCACCGGCAGCACGGCGCUGACGACCGCCAGAGACGGUGCCGCGGCGCUCCAGCUGGCCCGGCCGCAGUGGCACCCGCCGUGGAAGCUGAUGAGGGUCGUCUCGGGACACUUCGGGUGGGUGCGCGCGCUGGCCGUCGAGCCGGGCAACCGGUGGUUCGCCAGCGGCGCCGGCGACCGCACCAUCAAGAUCUGGGACCUGGCCGCGGGCUCGCUCCGCCUCACGCUGACGGGCCACAUCAGCACGGUGCGCGGGCUCGCCGUGUCGCCGCGCCACCCCUACCUGUUCUCCUGCGGCGAGGACAAGAUGGUCAAGUGCUGGGACCUCGAGACCAACAAGGUCAUCCGCCACUACCACGGCCACCUGAGCGGCGUCUACGCCCUCUCGCUGCACCCGACGCUCGACGUCCUCGUCACCGGCGGCCGCGACGGCGUCGCCCGCGUCUGGGACAUGCGCACCCGCAGCAACGUCCACGUCCUCGCCGGCCACACCGCCACCGUCUCCGACCUCAAGUGCCAGGAGGCCGACCCCCAGGUCAUCACCGCCUCGCUCGACUCCACCGUCCGCCUGUGGGAUCUCGCCGCCGGCAAGACCAUGGGCGUCCUCACUCACCACAAGAAGGGCGUGCGCGCCCUCGCCCUGCACCCCCGCGAGUUCACCUUUGCCAGCGGCAGCACCGGCUCCAUCAAGCAGUGGAAGUGCCCGGAGGGCGCCUUCAUGCACAACUUUGACGGGCAGAACGCAAUCAUCAACUCGCUGAGCGUGAACCAGAGCGACGUCCUCUUUUCAGGAGGUGACAACGGCUCAAUGAGCUUUUGGGACUGGAAGACGGGCCAUCGCUUCCAGUCGCUCGACACCACUGCCCAGCCGGGCUCUUUGGACGCAGAGGCCGGCAUCAUGAGCUCGACCUUUGAUCGCUCCGGCCUGCGUCUAAUCUGUGGCGAGGCUGACAAAACUAUCAAAAUAUGGAAACCCGAUGAAAAGGCCACGGCAGAAAGUCACCCAGUCCAGUGGAAGCCUACGUUGGGACGGCGCAAGUUUUGA